AUGCAGCAAGACACGAACUCCAGACCCGCCAAUGGGUAUCCAUACCCGUAUCCUUACCCGAACCAGCCCCCCGCAGUCGCCGACGGUUACCCUCCAACCGCUUACCAAUACCAAAACUACAACCCUUACUACACUCCAGAACCCAAUCCACGCGACGUCCUAAUCCGCCGUAUCGCCCUAGCCGUGAUGAUCUCCUUCACCAUCAUUUUCUUCAUCUUGUUCAUCUUCAUCACCCCACUCCUCGGUCUCCAACUCCCAAACGUCUACCUCAACUCCCUUUCCCUCUCAAACUUCAACGUCUCUGACAGCCACCUCACCGGGAACUGGGACCUCCGUCUCCGAUUUGAAAACCCUAACUCCAAGAUGUCGCUUUACUACGACACUGUCCUGUUAGGCGUGUAUUACAACGACGAGUAUCUCUCCCAGACGCGGGUACUGUCGUUCGGUCAAGGGACGAAGGAUCAGACUCCGAUCAACGCGACGCUGUCUGUGUCAGGGACUUACGUGGGAGAGCGAUUGGUUGAUUCGAUUGCGAAGGAGCGAGUGGAGAAAGGAAGCGUGGAGUUUGAUUUGAGGAUGGCUUCUUGGGUUCGUUUCCGGUAUGGAGUGUUCUGGAAGUGGGGGUACGUUAGGGUUUACUGUGAUGACGUGGCGGUUGGUGUUUCCGGGAAUAGUAGUUCAGGGAAGAUGGUUGGGUCGGAGAUGAGAUGCAAAUGUUAA